AGUCCGGCCGGCCAGCCCCAGGGGCGGCUGAGGGGAGGGGCCGCGGGCCCCUAUUAGUGCUGCCGCCGGUCGGCGCCCGCCCAGAGCUGCGGCUUCCCACUCCUGGCCGCUCCGCCCGCUGUCAUGCUCGGCCGCCUUCAGCGGCUACCCGGCUGGGCCGGCCCGACGGCCGUGCUGCUCGUGGCGCUGCUGCCCAUGGUGGCGCAGGCCUCUGCGAGCUCGUGGCGGUUACUGGACGCGGCGCCCUCCAACCCCAGGGUCCAGCAGGCCGCCCGCGCGGCGCUGCACUACUUCAACUACCGCGCAGCCUCGCCCAGCACCCUCCGGGUCCUCCGACAAGUGCACCGCGCCUCCUCCUGGAUCAACGCGGAGAAAGGCCGGAAGUUCGACCUGGUGUUCACCACCGCAAGCUAUAACCCAGAGUCCAAAGAGAAGCAUCUGAGCACAUGUUCUGCCCUCGUGAUCUUCAGGAAUUAUCAGCCCAAACCCACCGUCAACAUAACCUGCACUCAACUCAUGGCAAAUAAGGAGAAAGAGCAGGAGGAUUACCAGCUCUAUAAACAAAUGAAGGAGCUGAAAAAGCCGGAUGAAGGGGUCAGAAUACCAGACAGCCUGGGCCACAUCGACCCGUCUCUGCAGCCCAUGUGGGACUUGGCCAUUAUCGGCAGCUCUUACGUGAUGUGGGAGAAGACGUCGCAGGCAUCGUAUUAUUACAUGACCCAGAUCAGUGGGGUAAAGCAGUGGGCAACAAGAGGUGAUUUUAUCAGUUUCAACUACACCGUCCUACUCCAUCAAUUCUUCAGCCAGGACAUGAUUCCCUGCCAGGUUCAUCUGAUCUGGUAUCCUAGCAAACCCCUUAAAAUACGGUAUCGCUGUCAAGACCCCGAGACACAACCGGAAGGUUCUGGGAAUGACCAGGGCUCGGCGGAGACUCCUACAGAGAGCCCGAGUAACUUCUGAAAGAUGCAAUGCCGACUUUUUUGCACUAGUCCCAAAUGAAAAGAUGACUAUACUCAAAGGCUUCAGCUGCUGCCCAGCACCAUAGCUGGCUAGAAUCAUCUCUAGGCAUUACAGAGAUGUAGGCAACCCAGUGAUUAAAUAGUCAAAGUUCAGAGAAGCCCAUCGUCUUUUUUUUUUUGUUAUUCAUUUCUUGGAGCACACGCCUGAUUCCCGUAACUCAUGAGUGCACUUAACUCCACUCGGAGCCACUUUGGGGCCACCCGAAUGCCCUAAAAUACUGCAUAUAAAGCCAGAAUGAAUUAGCGGCUUUGAGAGUCUGCUCUUCAGACUGAAUUUCCUAUUCUCCAAAGCUUCUAUCUAAUAUUCCUUUGAGAAUGGUAGCUGAUAUUUUGUACCACUCCAAUCUCAGAGUGUCCUUGCUAGUAGGUGAAGAUAAUAGAGUACAAUAAAAGCAAAAAGAAAGGGAAAGAUUGUGCUGGUUUAGGACAAAAUUUGUGAUUUUUAAGGUUUCCAGCAGGACGAUUUCUACGUUCCCCUGAGAAUCAAUGCUGAAAUAAACAUGGUUAUGUUUGGAAAUAA